AUGGAGCGGGAGGAGGGCAUUCGACUCAUGCAAUCCUGCCACAGCCUCGCUCGGGCGAAAGAUAUUCAUAUACGAAUCCAGCACUUGCACACGCCCGGGGACGUGUUCUUCUCCAACAAGCUCAUCGAGAUGUAUGGGCGGUGUGGAUGCCCGCAGCGGGCACGCAAGAUCUUCAACGCCAUGGACGCCAGGAACUCUUUCACCUGGGAGCUCAUGUUGGCUGCCUAUGCCCGGGACCGGCAGCUCGAGAACGCGCGGGGGAUUUUCGAUGCCAUGCCGGAGAGGCUGCUUUUCUCCUGGACUGUCAUGGUAUCAGCAUAUGCCCAAUCCGGGCAUCUGGACGAGGCUAAACGAGUGUUUGAUGCCAUGGAAACAAGGAAUUUGGUGUCAUGGACUUCUCUCUUGGUGGCUAUCAUGCCUCAGAGAAACUUGAUCACUUGGAGCACAAUGCUUGCAGCUCUAGCGCAAGAUGGUAAUUCAGAUCUAGCAAAAGCUUUGUUUGAUGACAUGCCAGAACGCAAUCUCGUCUGCUGGAACACACUCCUUUCUGCAUAUGCCCAAAACGGGCAUCUUGUUGAGGCGGCAAAGCUGUUUCAUGAGAUCCCACUCCGAUGCUCAGUCUCCUGGAACGUAAUGCUGGGUGCUUAUGCCGAGCAUGGUUUCGUGGAGGAAGCUCAAGAACUCUUCGCUAAAAUGCCAGUUCGAAAUCUGGUAUCGUCAACAGCGAUGCUGGGAGUUUAUGCUCACAGCGGUCGUGUUGCCGAGGCCAAGGCUCUCUUUGAUGGGCUUCCAGAGAGAGACAUGGUGGCAAACACAGCAAUUCUUUCCUCGUUUGCUGCGAAUGGUUUCACGGACGAAGCCGAGCUUAUGUUUGUGGAAUCCAUGCCACAGUGGGAUGCCGUCUCGUCCAACGUGAUGAUCGGGCUCUACGCUUGGCACGGCCGGAUCGACGAUGCCAAGAGGGUCUUCGAGGACAUGCCACAGAGAGACUCCAAAUCGAGCGACACGAUGCUGGCGGGCUUGAUCCAUGCUCGAGACGUCGAUGCAGCAAAAGUUUUGCUCCAGGAGAUGCCGCAUUGGAGCUUGAUCCAGGCCACCGAGAUGCUCAAGCUCUUCUCGUCGGCGUCUAGAUUUGACGAGGCGAAGUUGGUGUUUGAUGCCAUGGCCGAGCAUGACUCCAUCAGCGGGACUGCCAUGCUUGCUGCAUAUACCGCUUGUGGGGAUCUCGCAAACGCAAAGGAAAGCUUUGAUGCUCUGCCCGAGCAAGAUAUUGUUUCAUGGUCGGCUCUCUUAUCGGCGUAUGCUCGAGCAGGCCAUGUAGAGGAAGCAAAGUGUGUCUUUGACACCAUGCCCGAGAGGGACACAGUGGCUUGGAGUUCCAUGGCGGCAGCAUAUGCCCAAAACGGGCAUCUGUUGGAAGCUAGAGUUUUGCUCAGGGAGAUGCCCGAGUGGGACAUGGUGUCGUGGACGGCGGUGCUGGCCGGCUAUGGGCAGAACGGGCAUAUCGGCGUCGCCAAGAGGAUGUUCGAUGGUAUGCCCAGUCGUGACUCGGUAGCAUGGAGCGCAAUGCUGGUGGUGAGCGCUUUGAACGGGAGAUUCGACCAAGUCUUUCGUGUCAUGGACGAGAUGGUGACGGUGGAGAGGCCGGAUCCGAGUUUACGCUGGGAGGUGCUGCUUUGUGUCGAUGAGCCAGGACUAUGGUCUCAACCCCGCGAAGCAGCACUUCUCGUGCAUGGUGGACCUGUUGAGCCGCGGGGGAUACCUGCAAGACGCGAGGGAUCUGAUCAUCAGCAUGCCUUUCGAGCCGGAUGUUCUGGAGUGGAGAUCGCUGCUUGGAGCUUGCAGCAGCUUCAAGCAACUCAACCAUGGGACACUGGCGGCCAAGAGUGUGAUGGAUUUGAGUCCAAAGGACUCGGCUGGUUACGUGCUCCUGGCAAACAUCUUUCAGGAGAAUAG